CUCAAAUUAUAGUCUGGCCAGAAUCACCUUGACGACAUUUGCCCAAUGACAGCACGCACGCAAAUUGAAGCGGCCAAUCAUAGCAUCCGGCAGUAAAACAGAAGCGCAUGUAAUUUCUGCUCCGCAUGCAACCUGAGAUGUUUUGUUUGUCUGCGUGAUAAAGUGGCAUAUGACACAGAUGGAUGAAAUGUUAUACUUGCCUUUACAACUAUAAAUGACUGUUCUAAAGCGAAUUGUGGAGGAUGAGCGAGGCGGAAGCCGGUGAUGGGUUUAUCAGGAUGGUGAAAUCAGGGGCUAAAAAUAUUUAAUGCGAUCCUGAGCUUUUUCUCCUGUGCUGCACAGGGACAAUUUCGGCGCAUCUUGUCCCAGAGCAACGCGCCUUCCUUCUCCCAUUCAAAGGACUCCCCUCUUCCGUAGCAGCAGCCCACAAUGGCCCUGGUAACCCUGCAGCGCUCUCCCACCCCCAGCGCAGCAUCCACCGCCAGUACCGCCACCACCAACGCGGGGGAGGAUUUUGGAACUGAUGAUGACCGGAGAGCAAAUCAGAGCCUCAGCGAGAGCUUCUUCAUGGUCAAAGGAGCUGCCCUCUUCCUGCAGCAGGGCACCAAUGCACUGGGACCCAAGACACCCACUCACCACAAACUCGCAGGUGACUUACCUCAACACCUGCAGGUCAUGAUUAACACCCUCCGCUCUGAGGACCGCAUUAAACUGGCUGUACGGUUAGAGAGUGGUUGGUCUGACCGUGUGCGGUACAUGGUUGUGGUCUACACCAGCGGUCGCCAGGACACAGAGGAGAAUAUCCUGCUAGGGAUGGACUUCACUGAUAAGGACAGUAAAAGCUGCUCUAUCGGGAUGGUGCUACCGCUAUGGAGCGAUACGAAGAUCCAUUUAGAUGGAGAUGGAGGAUUUAGUGUGACCACAGGAGGACGAUCACAUGUCUUCAAGCCUGUUUCUGUGCAGGCCAUGUGGUCUGCCCUGCAGAUCCUCCAUAAGGCAUGCGAAGUGUCUCGCAGGUACAACUACUUCCCAGGGGGCAUGGCCCUCACCUGGAUGGGCUACUAUGAGAGCUGUAUCACCUCAGAGCAGAGCUGCAUCAACGAGUGGAACGCUAUGACGGACCUGGAGACCACACGGCCUGACUCACCUGCCAUGUUCGUUGACCGGCCAACGGAGAGCGAGAGAACCGAGUGUGCAAUCAAAGCCAAACUACGCAGCAUCAUGAUGUUCCGGGACUUGGAGAAUGUCACUUCCAAGGAGAUCCGUGUGGAGCUGGAGCAGCAUAUGAGCUGUAACCUGAAGGAGUACAAAGAGUUCAUCGACAACGAGAUGCUGCUGAUCCUGGGUCAAAUGGAUAAAGCCACACUCAUCUUCGACCACCUCUACCUGGGCUCUGAGUGGAAUGCCUCCAAUCUAGAGGAACUACGGGAUUGUGGUGUGGGCUACAUCCUCAACGUGACCAGGGAGAUAGACAACUUCUUCCCGGGCACGUUCACCUACCACAACAUCCGGGUGUACGACGAGGAGGCCACAGACCUGCUGGCUCACUGGAACGAGACCUACAACUUCAUCGUCAGAGCCAAGAAGAACCACUCUAAGUGUCUGGUCCACUGUAAGAUGGGUGUGAGCCGGUCAGCCUCCACGGUCAUAGCGUAUGCCAUGAAGGAGUAUGGCUGGACUCUGGAGAAGGCUUACAACUUUGUGAAGCAGAAGAGGAGCAUCACUCGGCCCAACGCUGGCUUCAUGAGGCAGCUGGCCGAGUACGAGGGCAUCCUGGAUGCUAGUAAGCAGCGCCACAACAAGCUGUGGAGGCCCGAGGGAGGGGAGGACAACCCUGAUGAGGCGUCUGGCCAGUGUUGUGGUGGAGAGGAGACCCCCGUGGAGGGUGAGGCCUGGGGGGGAGAGGGCUGCGGAGCCUCCCCCUGCCGGGGCUUGGGCCUGGAGGUGGAGCCCUUGGACCCCCUCAACUACAACUACUACUUCAGACGGCUGUCGGACACGGCCCUAGACAGCGAGCCCUCCACCCCAGUGCGCGGUCCUCCCCUGCUGGGCAUGGAGAGGGUGUUUAUUGAGAUCGAGGAUGUGGAGAGGGACGCCCUUCUGGAGGACGAGGGCUUCCCCAUGGCCCAGCUGGCUCUGCCCGGGGAGGGCACCGCUGCCCAGACCUGUGGGGGCCGCCUGGAGCCCUUGGAGGACAUGAGGCUGAGGCUAGAGUUCAGCACGGUGGAGGAGGAGGAUGAGGAGGAGGCACAGAAGGAGGAGGCAGAGAUGGCCGCCCUGGCUUGGACUCCUGCAGGAGGAGAGGGAGCGAGGGAGGACGAAGAGAGGAAGGAGCAGGUCAACAUUAACCGCUUUAACAACGAGAACGCCAACAACAGUAACCGCCUGGCUGCCAAGCGCAGCUGCCCCGCUACCUUCGACGACAGUGCUAGCACAGGAAACCCUUACAAAGUGAAGCCCUCCUACCAGUCGUGUAAAGACUGCCUGCGUCUGCCACCAGGGCGGCGCUGUGAGCGCCCGGCAGGAGGCCGCACCCACCGCCUUAACCCCACACGCCACUGCGGGGUGGUCCCCACCAUCUCCAUAGACCCCCCUGACACCCACUUCACCAACACCCCUGCCCCCCACUCCCCUUGCACCCUCCCUGCCACCAUUGCCCGCCUGGAGGCCUACCGCCAGCGGCUGGUGUCGCCCAUGAGCUGCGAGGAGCUGCCUCGAGACAGACACUGCUCCCUGGAGACAGAGGACAUGGACGAGCUGCAGGAGGAUGAGGAGGAGGAGGAGGAAGAGCAGGAGCCAAGGCCAGGCAGGGAGGCUGGGACCGGAGCCAUCACGGAGCUCACAUUUAUGAAGCUCAGCCUGGGGGGGGAGAGGCCAGUGGGUCAGCCUCCUAGUGAGGGUGUGGAGUUGCAGCCUGCUGGGGUGGAGUUGGAGCCUCCUGGUGGUGAUGGAGUGGAGCUACAGAGGACAGGGCUGGAGCUGGGGAUGGGGCUGGUGAGGCAGAGAGCAGAGCAGCUGGAGAGGCUCUCAGGCCUGGCCAUGGAGGGUCUACUCUCAGGGGCUGGGCUGGCUGAGCAGAUGGACCUGAACUUGGCGGGGGAGGAAAUGGAGGUGGAGGGGGGUGUAGGGGUGCAUUCUGAAAUCCCCAUUCCAUCUACCAGCUGCACAGUCACAGCCGCAGACCCCCAGAUAAACACCACUCCGGUGUCGUACCCCCAGGGGUCCGCCCAGACCUGGACCCCCGUGUCCUCCCCCCACGGCUCCACCCUCACCCGGAGCUCCAGCAGCGACAGCCUCCACAGCAACCGCGGGGGACACCAAGGCCUGGUCCAGCAGCGCACCCAGGAGAUAGAGACCCGCAUGAGGCUCGCCGGCCUGACUGUCCCCUCCCUGCUCAAACGCUCCAGCUCCCUGGCCAAGCUGGGAGGCCUCACCUUCUCUACCGAGGACCUCUCAGACCUGGCUGACGAUCAGGCCCAGCUGUUCUCCACCGAGCCCCCAGCCUGCCCUCUCCACACCAGGGGGAGGGUUAGCCCUCUGAGCCCCCAUCCACCCCCAGGAGCUGACUGUGUUUCCAGUGUGUCUACUCCAGACAGGUUCCUUGUGUCUAAACCACCAGACAGUGUCAGAGCAGAGGGAGCAGGUUUGAAGGAGCAGGGAGAGGUUUGCCAGGUUUGCUAGAGGUGUCCUGGAGACAUGCCUGGAGAUUCCUUUCGGUCUCUCGAGACAUAUUAGCAGCACAUUAGCUGGAAGAAAGAAAAAUAACAAAAUAAUUCCUAUUAUACAUACAUGUACUCUGUUUAUCAAUCCAAAUAAGAGAUACUAUUUGAGAAGGUACUCUCAAAGGAGCUCAAUGAAUGUGUGCAACUGAGCCUCUGUUUUGAUUCAUUCAACAUCUCCUCAUGUGCCCCUGAACAGACUGACUGUUGAAUAUUGAAUCCUCACUCACUGUAUUUUCCUCUCCCGUUUUUGUGUCGCAGAAUAACAACUUCAUCAUAUGAGCAUCUUCCUGCCUCUUCAAGCAAAGCAGUGUACCUCAGUCGGAACACAAGCAUCUCAAUAAUAUUUUGGUCCAUGACUGUUUUUGUUGACUUGCCUCUCUUCUCAUAGACUGGCUCAACCAGCCCUCCUCCAUUGAGGUACUUCAUGGAAUAAUGUCUUGAAAAGUGGUCAAUAUUCUAUUCAUGACAGUCUAGUGUUACACAACGUGUCCUCGUCGUCGCGGCUACAGCCUCUUGAGCAUGCUAGGGAUGAUGGGAAGAAAUAUUGACGAAAUCCUUUUUUCCAUUCUCUCCUGGAUUCCUUUGUUUCUUUUGAGGCAGUUUAGAGGGAGCAUAUAAACGUUGGAUUUGUUUCACCACUGCUGUGCAAUGGCAAUAGGUACAGUAGUUCAAUGAUCUGAUUGAGAACUCAUCAUCAUCCUUGUAUGGUUUGAGAGGAUUUGUGGGCAACUGAAAGAGUUGAAAUUGUUUUGGGAUUGGAUUUCACAACGCUGUAUUACUCUACUUUACCACUGAUAGUCCACUGUCCUCUCCUCUCCAGACCAGCUGUAGUCAAAGCCAUACUAUGUCUGACACCAUGCUUUUCUUCCUCCAUCUCUGCAUCAAUCUCAAAAGGCAAUCACAUACAGUAGGUUCAAGUUUUUCUGACAACAUUGAUCUUUUAUUUAUUCUCCUCCCCUCCCUAUUCACACACGUUUGUGCUACUGCACAGUAGAUGUAGGAGCUUUGUGAAACCGGCUUUAAUCAACUGUCAUUGUGCCAGAGCAACAUUGGACUACCUUUAUUUGUACUGUAAAAAAAAAAAAAACGGAAUCGUUGCCAUACAUUGAA